GAGGGACCAAUCAAUGUCAAAGCUCUGCGGGCCAAGUUUCAGGAGGAAGCCAGAGUCCUGGCUCUAGCUCAGGCUCAAGCCAGCGAGCAACACCGACCUGCUAUUGCUGAGAAGCCCAGACGGCUCCCACCCACCGUCCCUGGGGGGCGAUGCAGCACCUUGAUGAGCUCCAUCCACUCGGCUGUGGAGAACAAGCCUGUCGUCCCCAGGGUCAUCUUCAGGGAUGGGACCAGGGUGUCCGGGGGCAAACGGCCCGUCUCCUUCCCUGCACUUGUACUGCAGGCCAUUCCACCAAAACCACCAACACCACCACCACACCAGAACAGUCACCAGAAUGGUCACCACAAUGGUGGAGCGGACUGCACAGCGACAGCCAAGCAGUCAUUGAAAGACCGCCACAUGCCUCUCGUACUGCCUGGCCUGCCUUUGAAGGAACAAAGAGCAGAAGCUCAUAAAGAGGUCCCACCUCUAACAAAAUGCAAAAAAAAGGGUUUGCUGCUCCACCACCCCUUCAAGUCAACCAAAGUCUCCAAGGUUGGUGGUGAACCUGCAGAAGAGCCUGCGUAUGCUGGUGUGACCACCAACAGACAUUCAGGAGCUCCAGUAGAAGGGCUUGUGAUGGACAGGCAUAAGGCUGAAGAUGGGCUGUCUCUCCAGGUGGAACAUUCCAGCACGGAGUGCCCAACCUCCAGGCCAGACAUCACCAUCACCACUCCGUCAGAAGGCCCAGGUGAAGAAUCGUCCUCUAUGGUUAGUGCGACCCAGUUCUUCAGCACGUUGGAGAAAGGCAAGAAGCGGUUCUCACCUAAGCACCUGUUGGUGUAUGCCAGACCCAAGAGCCUGCGUUCCAAUGGAGUCCAUCAUCACCCAGACCAUAGCUCUACUACGGACAAGGGAGUUCAUCAUCACCCAGACCAUAGCUCUACUACGGACAAGGGAGUUCAUCAUCACCCAGACCAUAGCUCUACUACGGACAAGGGAGUUCAUCAUCACCCAGACCAUAGCUCUACUACGGACAAGGGAGUUCAUCUGCCCUCUACAGAUUAUGAGAGUCAUGCCCCAGAACAUGACCUUCCAGCUCCUUUGCCCGUCUGUCUCCCACACCUCGCUUGUGUUUCAGCUCAGCCAUUCUUCAAGAUGAAUGGCUCUUCCUGCAGUAAGCCAUCUUAGAUUCAUAACAAUUUCGCGAUGUGGUCAUUCUCAUGUUCUGUUCUGCUACAAUAUUGUUAGAGUUAAUGAGGUAUGAUUGCAUAGUUGAGAUACAAUUGCUCUCUUCUUUUUCUUAGGACUAGAGACUGCUUCAGAGAAACCGUUUGGCCGGGAUAGGGCAGGUCUUCUGCUUGUAAGACCUGAUGGACUUCCUCGUCCACUCAGGAAACCUCUACCUGACCGGGGGUCUCUGGGACCCUUGCCGAUGAAACCUCCAAGACCUCCAUGGGUAGAUCUCAGAUGUUACCACCCAACCACAGAACAUCACAGAGGUACUUUCAGUUCUGUUUCGACCAUUUAGUUGUGGUAAAUUCUACAGUAAGUGACACAGACUCAGAUUUUUCACUUUAAAAUAUGUCUAAACAAAAAACAAUGAUUGCAAAGUUAAACAAAGCAUACAACUCUAUGCACAAGGACUUCUUAACAAUUUCCAAACAACAUUUUACAAAAACACAUUUACUUGAAGAACCGUACAGAUGUAAAGAUGGUAACCGUAUGACGGCACAGUACAAGUACAGUAAAAACGGUCAUUCUGUUACCAAACUUUGCAUAAUGUCCAUGGCAAAUAAAGUGAGGUGUCAACUUAAAGAAUGUAUAUUGAUGUAAUGCAAUUUACUUAGAAGAUAAUUUGAUUUACAUUUACAUUUUAGUCAUUUAGCAGACGCUCUUAUCCAGAGCGACUUAGUUAGUGAGUGCAUACAUUAUUUUUUUCAUACUGGCCCCCCAUGGGAAUCGAACCCACAACCCUGGCGUUGCAAACGCCUUGCUCUACCAACUGAGCUACAUCCGGCCAUUCCCACCCCUACCCUGGACGACGCUGGGCCAAUUGUGCGCCGCCCCAUGGGUCUCCCGGUCACGGCCGGCUACGACAGAGCCUGGAUUUUUAUUUUAUUUUUUAUUUCACCUUUAUUUAACCAGGUAAACCAGUUGAGAACAAGUUCUCAUUUACAACUGCGACCUUGCCAAGAUAAAGCAAAGCAGUGCGAUAAAAACAACAACACAGAGUUACAUAUGGGGUAAAACAAAACAAAGUCAAAAAUACAACAGAAAUAAAUAUAUAUACAGUGUGUGCAAAUGUAGCAAGUUAUGGAGGUAAGGCAAUAAAUAGGCUAUAGUGCAAAAUAAUUACAAUUAGUAUUAACACUGGAAUGAUAGAUGUGCAAGAGAUGAUGUGCAAAUAGAGAUACUGGGGUACAAAUGAGCAAAAUAAAUAACAAUAUAGGGAUGAGGUAGUUGGGCGGGCUAAUUUCAGAUGGGCUGUGUACAGGUGCAGUGAUCGGUAAGGUGCUCUGACAACUGAUGCUUAAAGUUAGUGAGGGAGAUAAGUGUCUCCAGCUUCAGAGAUUUUUGCAAAUCUAUGCUGUUCAUUGAGCUCAAGUCAAAUGUAUGUUUUGUUGUUUUGCUUGCAGAGUUGACUCCAGCGGUUGAACCUGAGCCAUGUGAGGAUCCACACUCUGAGCCUCCAUCCAUUGCCAAUCCUGAACUGGUUGCUCCAGAGUUUCCAGACUUUGAGUUGAAUUCAGAACUGGAAACUGCAGAAGGCAAUGCAUUUGACAUCGCAGCUCUAGAACUAGAGGCUACAGAAUUUGGAACCCCUGAACCUCCAGUAGAUCUAGACUUAGGGGUUCCAGAUUUUCUAUCCCCUGAAUGUGAGUUACCAUCGUGUGAGCCUCCAGAAAUUCCCAGCUUUGACCAUCGAGCCCUGACCCUCAGCAGUCUUCAUGAUCUAGUUCUUUCAGAGUUCUUGGAUCAAAUACGGGAGUUUCCAGCUUCAGUUCUAAAACCUCAAGCUGUUGCUGAGCUAUCUGCUGAAAUGGUGCCUGUUGAACCCUCAUUCACAGAGGACACUGACCAUGACUCUGCUUCAGUCCUGAAUGAGGAAAUUCGACCGAAGUCAAGGUAAACUGCUUGAAAACUAUAAUCUUAUUUUUGCUAAAUACUGUAGUCUGCUGAAUUGCCUCACCAGGGAUUGUGUGGGGACAGAAACUACUGAGUAUUUGGUAUAGUGAACCUAUUUGCGAAAAGUUUAGCUCUGGGAAGUCUGUUAUUCCUCUUUACAUCUAACCUUUGAAAUUUCCUCUCUUCUAGUGUCUGUCAACAGGAGAACUAUUAUGAAACCUGUGACAAUGUGUAUGAAGUUGUUGAAAACACCAACAAGUUCACUGUCAGUCAAAACUCACGCAAACGCAAAGGCCCACCAAAGAGUAAGACACUAAUGUUUCACUUAUUUCAUUGAGAGCCCAUAUUAUUAUACCAGUAUCUAUAACGUUCAGCCAUUUUUGGAUGAGCUAUUUAGCUUUGUCAAAGCCUACUCUAAUUCAAAGAGGGUGUGUUUAUGAUUUGUCCCAAACGUUAUGUUUUUAAAAUUCUCUACUAGAUCCAUAUGGGGACCCCCAUCCAGCGGUAAGUGACACAAUUUUACUGCAGAGUUUAUUUUGGUAACUGAAUGGUUGGCGCUGUUGUGUAUAAAAAUGAUUAUUCUCUGUUUGUAUCUGAAGAAGGAGGAGCCUCGAAUGCACAUAUGGCCCCGGAAUUCAUGGUAUGUCGGCUCUAAAAGAUGGCCCAAUUAUUCACACAUGGUCUAUGGUGCCAUUGUAGUUGUUGCACAGGCAAAUUAACCACAAGUAAGGCCAAAAAGAGAUUGUAUUUGAAAAUAACAUUAUCAUUUCAUAUCUUGGUUACAAUGAUACACAAUGACGCAUCUCUUUUUAUUUGUGGGUAUACUUGGGAACAAAUUUCCUUAACAAUAAUUUUAGCUGAAUUCCUGGUGAUUUUUAUAUUCUCCUUUUUUUUUGUUUACUUAACUUUGGGGGACCAAAUCACUAGUGAGUCGAUUUGGCCAAAUCACUAGAGGGCCUGUUGCCAAGCCCUGAUAUACAAUCCCCUCCAUAUGUAUUUGGACAGUGAAGCAACAUAUUAUUAUUUUUUGGGCUCUAUACUCCAGCAUUUUAGAUUAAAGCUGAGAAUGUUUGAGGGUAUUUUCAUACAUAUGUUUUACUGUUAAGAAAUGAAAGCGUUUUAUGUAUCUAGUCCCCCCCAUUUGGAGAAGUCAUCAGUAUUUGGAGAAAUUCAAUUAUAGUGUAUAAAAGUAGUCAAAAUGUAUAGUUUGGUCCCACAUUCCUAGCACACAAUGUCAAGCUUGUGACUACAAACUUCUUGGAUGCAUUUGCAGUUUGUUUUGGUUGUGUUUUGGAUUAUGAUUUACCCAAUAGGAACUGAAUGGUGAAUAAUUUAUAGUGCCAUGUUGUAGUCACUUUUAGUAUAAGUAAGAAUAGAAAAUGUUUCGGAAUACUUCUACAUUCAUAUGGAUGCUACCAUGAUUAUGGAUAAUCAUGAAUGAGUUGUGAAUAAUUUUGAGUGAGAAAGUUAUGGAGGCACAAAGAUCAUAAUCCCCAGAAAAUACUAACCGCCCCUAUUAUUGGUAAUGGUUAGCAUGAUUUGUUGUAGCCUCUGUAACCUUCUCACGCAUCAGACAUUAUUCAUGAUUCAUUGAUGAUUUUUCUUAAUUUAGAAGUGUUCAGAAACAUCUUAUCUACUCAAUUGUAAAGAAAAUUAUUCCAAUCAUCACCAUUCAGUUACUAUUGGGCAAAACAUAACCCAAAACAAACUGAAAAUGCAUCAGCGAGUUUGUAGAGUCACAAGCUUGAUGUAGUCAUUGCGUGGAAGGAAUAUUGGACCAAAUACUAAACCUUUGACUACUUUAAUACCAUUAUAAGUGAAUUUGUACAAAUACUUAUGACACCUUCAAAUGGGGGGGGGGUACAUAAAGUGGUUUAAUUUCUAAACGGUAAAACAGAUAUGUAUGAAAACACCCUCAAAUAAAAGGUGACAUUCUGUACUGUCGCCUCAUAACAUUUUAUCUAAAAAAAAAAGUAUAGAGACACAUUAAAAAUGUUGGCUUCACUGUCCAAAUACAUAUGGAGGGGAGUGUACAUCAUCAUGUUCACAGGUAUGUUUGUCAUCUCAUCUCUCACUGUUGCUUCAAUGAAAGGGAAUCAUCAAAUUCAUCAAUACCUCUAAUAUUUGGUUCCACUUCAUAGCAUGUUGUCAGUUAGAUUCAUGUUUAUACAGUUGAAGUCGGAAGUUUACAUACACCUUAGCCAAAUACAUUUCAACUCAGGUUUUCACAAUUCCUGACAUUUAAUCCUAGUAAAGAUUCCCUGUCUUAGGUCAUUUAGGAUCACCACUUUAUUUUAAGAAUGUGAAAUGUCAGAAUAAUAGUAGAGAGUGAUUUAUUUCAGCUUGUAUUUCUUUCAUCACAUUCCCAGUGGGUCAGAAGUUUACAUACACUCAAUUAGUAUUUGGUAGCAUUGCCUUUCAAUUGUUUAACUUGGGUCAAACGUUUCGGGUAGCCUUCCACAAGCUUCCCACAAUAAGUUGGGUGAAUUUUGGCCCAUUCCUCCUGACAGAGCUGGUGUAACUGAGUCAGGUUUGUAGGUCUCCUUGCUCACACACGCUUUUUCAGUUCUGCCCAAAUUUUCUAUAGGAUUGAGGUCAGGGCUUUGUGAUGGCCACUCCAAUACCUUGACUUUGUUGUCCUUAAGCCAUUUUGCCACAACUUUGGAAGUAUGCUUGGGGUCAUUGUCCAUUUGGAAGACCCAUUUGCGACCAAGCUUUAACUUCCUGACUGAUGUCUUGAGAUGUUGCUUCAAUAUACAGUGGGGGAAAAAAGUAUUUAGUCAGCCACCAAUUGUGCAAGUUCUCCCACUUAAAAAGAUGAGAGAGGCCUGUAAUUUUCAUCAUAGGUACACGUCAACUAUGACAGACAAAAUGAGAAAAAAUAAUCCAGAAAAUCACAUUGUAGGAUUUUUAAUGAAUUUAUUUGCAAAUUAUGGUGGAAAAUAAGUAUUUGGUCACCUACAAACAAGCAAGAUAUCUGGCUCUCACAGACCUGUAACUUCUUCUUUAAGAGGCUCAUCUGUCCUCCACUCGUUACCUGUAUUAAUGGCACCUUUUGAACUUGUUAUCAGUAUAAAAGACACCUUUCCACAACCUCAAACAGUCACACUCCAAACUCCACUAUGGCCAAGACCAAAGAGCUGUCAAAGGACACCAGAAACAAAAUUGUAGACCUGCACCAGGCUGGGAAGACUGAAUCUGCAAUAGGUAAGCAGCUUGGUUUGAAGAAAUCAACUGUGGGAGCAAUUAUUAGGAAAUGGAAGACAUACAAGACCACUGAUAAUCUCCCUCGAUCUGGGGCUCCAUGCAAGAUCUCACCCCGUGGGGUCAAAAUGAUCACAAGAACGGUGAGCAAAAAUCCCAGAACCACACGGGGGGACCUAGUGAAUGACCUGCAGAGAGCUGGGACCAAAGUAACAUAGCCUACCAUCAGUAACACACUACGCCGCCAGGGACUCAAAUCCUGCAGUGCCAGACGUGUCCCCCUGCUUAAGCCAGUACAUGUCCAGGCCCGUCUGAAGUUUGCUAGAGUGCAUUUGGAUGAUCCAGAAGAGGAUUGGGAGAAUGUCAGAUGAAACCAAAAUAGAACUUUUUGGUAAAAACUCAACUCGUCGUGUUUGGAGGACAAAGAAUGCUGAGUUGCAUCCAAAGAACACCAUACCUACUGUGAAGCAUGGGGGAGGAAACAUCAUGCUUUGGGGCUGUUUUUCUGCAAAGGGACCAGGACGACUGAUCUGUGUAAAGGAAAGAAUGAAUGGGGCCAUGUAUCGUGAGAUUUUGAGUGAAAACCUCCUUCCAUCAGCAAGGGCAUUGAAGAUGAAACGUGGCUGGGUCUUUCAGCAUGACAAUGAUCCCAAACACACCGCCCGGGCAACGAAGGAGUGGCUUCGUAAGAAGCAUUUCAAGGUCCUGGAGUGGCCUAGCCAGUCUCCAGAUCUCAACCCCAUAGAAAAUCUUUGGAGGGAGUUGAAAGUCUGUGUUGCCCAGCGACAGCCCCAAAACAUCACUGCUCUAGAGGAGAUCUGCAUGGAGGAAUGGGCCAAAAUACCAGCAACAGUGUGUGAAAACCUUGUGAAGACUUACAGAAAACGUUUGACCUGUGUCAUUGCCAACAAAGGGUAUAUAACAAAGUAUUGAUAAACUUUUGUUAUUGACCAAAUACUUAUUUUCCACCAUAAUUUGCAAAUAAAUUCAUAAAAAAUCCUACAAUGUGAUUUUCUGGAGAAAAAAAAUUCUCAUUUUGUCUGUCAUAGUUGACGUGUAUCUAUGAUGAAAAUUACAGGCCUCAUCUUUUUAAGUGGGAGAACUUGCACAAUUGGUGGCUGACUAAAUACUUUUUUCCCCCACUGUAUCCACAUAAUUUUCCUUCCUCAUGAUGCCAUCUAUUUUGUGAAGUGCACCAGUCCCUCCUGCAGCAAAGCACCCCCACAGCAUGAUGCUGCCACCCCCGUGCUUCAGGGUUGGGAUGGUGUUCUUCGGCUUGCAAAGCUCCACCCUUUUCCUCCAAACAUAACGAUGGUCAUUAUGGCCAAACAGUUCAAUUUUUGUUUAAUCAGACCAGAGGACAUCUCUCCAAAAAGUACUAUCUUUGUCCCCAUGUGCAGUUGCAAACCGUAGUCUGUUUUUUUUAUGGCAGUUUUGGAGCAGUGGCUUCUUCCUUGCUGAGCUGCCUUUCAGGUUAUGUCGAUAUAGGACUCGUUUUACUGUGGAUAUAGAUACUUUUGUACCUGUUUGCUCCAGCAUCUUCACAAGGUCCUUUGCUGUUGUUCUGGGAUUGAUUUGCACUUUUUGCACCAAAGUACGUUCAUCUCUAGGAACGCAUCUCCUUCCUGAGCGGAAUGACGGCUGCGUGGUCCCAUGGUAUUUAUAGUUGCGUACUAUUGUUUGUACAGAUGAACGUGGUACCUUCAGGCGUUUGGAAAUUGCUCCCAAGGAUGAACCAGACUUGUGGAGGUCUACCAUUUUUUUCUGAGGUCUUGGCUGAUUUCUUUUGAUUUUCCCAUGAUGUCAAGCAAAGAGGCACUGAAUUUGAAAGUAGGCCUUGAAAUACAUCCACAGGUACACCUCCAAUUGACUAAGGCUAAUUGACAUCAUUUAUCAGAAGCUUGACCAUGACAUCAUUUUCUGGAAUUUUCCAAGCUGUUUAAAGGCACAGUCAACUGAUUGUAUGUAAACUUCUGACCCACUGGAAUUGUGAUACAGUGAAAUAAUCUGUCUGUAAACAAUUGUUGGAAAAAUUACUUGUCAUGCACAAAGUAGAUGUCCUAAACGACUUGCCAAAACUAUAGUUUAACAAGAAAUGUGUGGAUUGGUUGAAAAACGAGUUUUAAUGAGUGUAAGUGUAUGUAAACUUCCGACUUCAACUGUAUAAUAAUUAUGAUAGUUAUAAUAAUGAUAUCUUGUUCUCAGUAAGGAAAAACCGAGCCCUGAGAACCAUGAGGACAAGGACCAGAAGAAGAGAGAGAAGCACCGCCUCGAGAAGGAGAAGAAAGAGCAAAAGGAGAAAGAGAAGAAGGAGAAUGAAAUGAAGAAAAAAUUCAAAGUCAGUCGGAGCUUGUGACAUGUAGCCUUAAUGAGAGAUUAUCUUACUAGCUAGCAGUUUAAAAGUUGCUGUGUCAUGUGUAUCAGGCUCAUAGGUCAGUCUUGUUUUGGUAUUCUGGGGGUCCAGCUUUAUUUGCCCAUAGGUCAACAUUCCAAAACACUCCACGUCAAACAAAGUUUGCCAAACUAUGGCUGUGGUUACUGUGUAAUGUCUGUGUUCAGGUGACGGGCCAGGAGGAAGCGAUGUACCAUGCCAGGGUGACAGUGGCCAGUAAGGUGCGUAAGAACGACCUGCCAGUGAAGAGUGGUGACACGGUUGGCAUCAUCCGAACCACCAACUGCCCCAAAGGAAAAUGGCUGGCCCGCGACGGCAACCACAAAUGUGAGACGGUCAAUGUUGUAUUAUUGUUGCAAAAUUGUUGGUUAGGGAUCUGGAUUCAGAAAGAGUCUCCGAGGUAGGAGUGCUGAUAAAAAAAUAUAUUAUAUAAAUUAAAAAGGAGUGCUAAUAUAACAUUAGGAUCAGUUUUGCCCUUAAGAUCAUCAGAGUAGACACUUUUUGAAUACGGCCCAGGUCAGGAAAAACUCUUGCUAAACUGUGGCCCAAAUUAUUCUUAGAGCAGUGAAUAACUGAAGCCUAUCUGUUGCUGUUGUGGCUGUGUUUUUCCCUGUGUGAUUGUUCACUUUUCCAGAUGGCUAUAUCUCUGUGAUGAAUGUGGAGCUGAAUAUCAAAGAGAUGCUGGAGCUAGGGAAGAAGGCUCAGGCUGCUGGCCGAGGAGGCACCGAGGUAGAUACCAUCAGCGUUGGGAGCAGGUACGCAACAGUCUAUUGUUCAGCACUCUACGUCAAUUCCAAACCCAUUUUGUUGUACAGAGAAAUAGUCACCUUUCUUAGAAGAAAAAAAUGGAAUGCAAAAUGAAAGAAUUUAAGCAUGUUGCCAUAAUCAGGGUAUUUUUAUAUUUUAUUUUACCAAAAAUUAUUUUAUUUACUCACUCCCUUUGGUUCCGUGCCCUUCCUAAUCUCUCUACAUUAUAUUUUACAGAUCAUCUAAUCAUCAUCCCAUGCUACACAGCAGCUGUAAGUCCUCAACAUGCUUACAGACAGUUCUGUGUAAAAACUGCAUGAUUGCUAAUCAACGAACACAUUGAUAAAGUACUCCGUCUGACUGAGGCACAUUGAAAAAUCAGCCUACACUUACAGAGGAUUGGAGUUAUGCAGAAGCACAACUGAUAGAUAUAAUCCAGAGUUAUUUUAUCAGUUGGCUUUAUGAUCGUCAAUGUUGUUUUAUGAUAGUAAAGGAAUUCCAUGCGUUUUAGGCAGCAGGCCUGCAGUGUGUUGUGCCAAAGACCUUCCCAUUGGCUAUGGUGGUUUUGCAGCUUAUCAUACUCUCUCUCUCAGUCACAGAUGACGAUGAGGAGUGGACAUUAGACGAGGAGACCCUGUCCCCCUACAUGGAGAACCGGUGAGACCUUCUACACUGUCUGGGAAGCAGUCAAGCGGUCCCAAUUUUAUUUGUAAAGCCCUUUUUUAGUUGUCAAGUGCUUAACAGCAGUGGUUCUUAAUUGGUUUUGCCUCGGGACCCAAAUUUAACCAAGUUGUCUUUGUCGCGAUCCAAUAUUCGCCAUGCGAUUUUUAUUUUUUAUAAAAAUUGUAUUUAGUCAAAAUGCAAUCUGGAAAACAAUUGAAUGCCAUAUUUAUAGUCAAUGUAGCAAUUAAAUGGCCAGGGAACAACAUUUCCACCUUUUUCAUUGUCAAUAAUUCCAUUUUGGCUGUAUUCUUGAUAACGAAUGUUAGUAAGCUCACUUGUUUAAGACUACAAAAUCAACCAAAUCCACUAAAUAGUGCUGCUAAUAGCUUUUAUAUUGGCAAUACUGUGAUUUGAAGAAAUAGUUCUCAGAGAUUAAAUUAUUUAAUCACUUUCUAUCUGGUUUUAGUCAUUUAAAUUCAGACUAGUAUUUUUUUAAUCCCAAAAAAAUUCACACACUAAAAAAAACUCCAGCGACCCCUUCAAAACUUUGGGUCGUCACCCACCAGUUGAGAAUAGCUGCUUUACAGUUCACGUUUGAUUCAGCUCAACCAUAUUUCCACAGAAUUUCUGUAUAGAUAAUGGAUGAAAAACUUUUGAAGAUUGCAAUGUACUGUAUAAAAAUAUAAAUUAAAGAAUUUAAGUUUGUUUUUCUAGGAAAAGCUGAGCGAAGGACUGAUAUAUUUAAUUUAAUGUGUUUUUAUGUCUUCUUUAGCGUUCACAAUCGGACUGUCUCAAUGCCUGAUAUGCGUGAGUAUUAUUUGUAUGGUAUAUUUCCAUAUCUUUGAAGUUAUAGAUUAGAUUUUUGUUUUAGAUGUCUGGAUUAGAGAUAGUGUACCUGCUGUCUCAGGUCUUCAUUCUACUGCCCAUAUACUUAUGGCAGACCAUUUCAAUCACACCUUCGAAGACCACCUUAAAAUGACCCUCUCCACCCUCUUUUACUACCCCUUCACUCUCUUUCUUCUCUUUCAUCCUCCCUCUCUCCUGUCCCAUCUCACUGGCAGUCUGCAGCCAUGCUAGUGCCCACCACACCCUUAGUGAUGGCAGCACAGAGGACCCCCACACACAGUAAGGCUCUACUUUGUCUUUACUGUGAUGCCAAAUUCAAAUGUUAUUUAUACAGCCUUUUCUACCACAAAAUGUAUCACAAAGUGCCCUAACUUAGUAGUUAAUGGUUUCUGUCUCUUUUCUUCAGAACCAGACAUGAGGCUCUUCAGAAGUUAGCCAUCUUCUUUCAGAACAAAAAAGCUGGCAUCAGUGACACGACAGAAGAUCGAGUGGCGACCCCUACAAAGUACAGUACAGUAUAUACAAAUUGCAUUACAAAUCCUCAAUGCAAUCUUUCCAGUCCGUUAUUCUAAUUUUAAAACUUUCUUUCGCUUUGUCUUCUGAAGUGCUGAAGCUCCAAGUAAGUAGUUGGAUACUGACUUCUCUAUGGCUGGGUCUGCUAUCACCACGCAUGUCACUGUCACUGAUUGUGGUGGGGUUGAAAAGUGAACUCACUCCAGCCAAUGUUUGUGGGACUUCAUGUCAACUCUAAUGGAAACAACUUCAUAGGGAACUCGGAACUGAGACAUGUAGCACAUCACUGUACUGUCUACAUCCUGAUCUGUUACUGCAGAUAGUGAGGACAACAGUUGUGUAACUUUCAUGUCCGUUUUAUGUUUAUGUCCAUCUACAGGCUUCCUAUGUGUUGUGGAGCCUCCAUACU